UCCCCAUGCGACAGUCUACUAUGCAUGCGCUUUACUGAGCAAUCUGACGACUCGGUCUUAAUGGCUGUUUCAAACCUUGCCUAGUAGAUGGCCGUGAUGACGUGCAGGUCACAGGUCACCAAAAUCUAUCCAAUCAGAGCGUGAAUUCAGAGUAUCCCAGCGUCCUGUUUGCAGGGCAGGGGGUACAAGCGAACAAACAUGUUAACAACUAAUCCAGCCAAUGUUGGUAUACUGUGUGUGCAUGUAAAAUUACCACCAGAGAGUUUUCUGAUCAAGAAUCCAAACAAUAAUACAAUUUUGAAUUAUUUUUCUGACAAUAAUUCAGCCAUGUCCUUUGAUCGUUAAAGGCACAAAGCAUCAAAAUAUUGUUUUUUUCAUACAUGUAGGUAGGCAUAAACAAAAAUGGAAGAGGACAAAAAUGGGACUUUUUGUUUUAAAAUGAGCUUUAUCUAUUGUUUAAAUCUAUUGAGUGCCCCCUCCUAAAAAAAGUGAGGCCACUAAAGUGCCUCCCUGUAAGUUGGGCCCCAGUUAUGCUACAGAAAUUGAAUGUGCUUGAUCACUUGAAACUUCAGCACUUUUUGUGUACAGCAUUUCUCAAGUUCACAAUCCACAAGUCCUACUAAUGUAUUAACAUACAAAUGUUCACUAAUCCAUAGGCCUACACACAGCUUAUCAGAAAAGAAUUGUUCAAAGUAGGCCUACAUUUUAAAAAGCUUUUUUUUCCACUAUGUACACAAAGCUCUAUGGUACUGUACUUUAACCCUAACUGCCCCUAGUAAAGCUAACUGUGUUUUUUGGUAUUUGACCCUCAAAGAGUCCUUUGUUAGGGUUAAGCAGUGAAGCAUAACACUGUAUGCCCUAAGCAUGAGCACAAACACUGACCUGCCUGGUUGUCCAAAUGCUGCCAACCUGUUGACCACAUAUUAUUACAUGUACAGGACAGCCAGUUUGUUUCAGUAUCAUGGCCAAUAUUCAUGAGCAGCCCCGUGUUAUACUGUGGUCAGUCCCUCGUUCCUGCACCACGGCAGUCCUGCGCUCCAUCAGCAAUCUAGAAGGCGGGGUUUUCUACAAUGACCCCUAUAACAAGGCCCUCUUUUGGGGACCAGAGUGUGAAUCUGCGUCCACCCCAGCCCCAAGAGCCACGGCCAUUCUGCCUAGUGCAGGCUCUGCAUACGACUCCUCUAUCUUCACAUACGCCUGGGUGAAGAAGACACUGGAGGCAGAACACAAGGAUGCCAGCUUGGUAUUCGUCAAGGAUUUUGCCAUGAGCCUUACAGGGAAGGUGGAUAUGGAUCACCUGCCUCAUGGGUACCGCCACACUUUCCUAAUCAGGAAUCCAAACAAGGUCAUACCCUCCUGGAGAAAAUGCCAUGAUGAGUGGAGACCAAGCAAACCACUUCUUGAUGAGGAGGCAAAGGAGGAGUGGCACAAAGCCGACAUGGGGGAGUACGCGGGUUUCAAGGACCUCCUGGAACUCUACCAAUACGUCAGAGAAAACCUGGAUCCGGCGCCGUUUGUCAUGGAUGCCGACGAUUUGGUCUCCCAGCCCGAGACUGUGAUGACUGCCUACUGCAAGGCCACUGGAAUUCCUUUCAGCAGGAAGCUGAUCGAAUGGGAGAAUGACAGCUCACCGAUGUACGCCAAAUGGAUCACUUGUCGGGACCAGUUAGGGUACUUCAACUGUGACUACCACACCAACGACAGGUGCAGUAGCGGCUUCAGGAAGAACGAAGACCUGCCCAAACCAGCUUCGACAUCCGUGACCAAUCCUAAGGCCAUUGAACAAAUAGCUAAGUGUGUGCCUUACUACGAAAAACUCUAUCGUGAACGCUUUGUCCCGUAAGGUACUGUCUGUGACUUUUAACAGUAUCAGAGCUAGUUGCUGUACUAUAUUAUUGGACCAACUUCAGCUUCAUUAUGUGCAGAUAGGCAGCAUAUAUGAAUCAGCAUAAAUGAAUCUAUCAUUUGAUGUACAUAUACAAAUGUAUUCAGCUGAAACAUCCAUUUAUCUAAAAAAAAAAAAAAAAAAAAAAAGUCUCAAUCAUUUUGGAGAUAUUUGUAAAACACGUAUUUCAAAUAUUACAUGUACAACAUUACAUUCAAAAUUUUAAAAUGCAGCACCGCAGAAUACAUGUAACUUCACAGGAUAUUUGGUACAAUAAGUACAUAAAUCUCUAAAGAUUUGUUUUGGAUAAUAACGCAGUGUCUUUGUUAUUUGUUACUAAUACAUUGUUCUCUCUUUAAAAUACCAAGGCAUGUACACAGACGUUAGUGUAUAAUGAGAAUGAGAAUAAACUUAAAGAGUUUAAAA